AUGGUGAAACACAGGAGGCAUUGGAACAGGAACAAGAAUCGAGCCAGCUUGGUCUCCAACGUUGACAUAGCGGCCUUGACAACAUCUACGGCUGAUACAACAUCUAGCUCAGCGACAAGGUCAACCACCCCGGUGUUACGGUCUUUGGAUAGCACCUCCAGAUCAUCGACGCCGUCCACUCCAACGGUUCGACAAGUAAGCCGCAUUCAGCGUGGUCGUAAAAAGCGUCCUACGCUCAUCUCCAAUAUGUGGAAAUGGUGUAGGUGGGACUGGCCGUGGGCAUCAUGUACAUGGGCAAACCCGAACCAAUGGAGCUCACGAACCCUUGGUUGGAAACUAUGUCGCCUCUUUCGCUGGAUCUAUAACUUUUGCAUCGCCAUCCGUCGGAUGCAUUGGGACGCGCAGCGUUGCAGAGACCUCGUUGUGACCUUUGGGUCAUGUACUCUCUAUGUAUACGUCUUCUACCUGAUGCUCGAAUUCGCGGUCAGCCACGUUGCGAGUGCUCAGGAGAUGGAUGCCAAUUGCAGCGUCGUCUAUGUCACUAUACCAGGUCCAAUAAUCACAGUAUCGCUCAUUGCUGCCUCCCCCAGUAACCCAGCAAGAGGUACAUAUUACUUCUCUUUUGUGAAUGGAUCGACAGGAUGGUUGGACAGUAUCGCACCACCCAGCAGAUACAAUACUCUGUCAACCAAGAUACCAAAUAUUACGCCAAUCAUCUCGUCACUCUCUGUAACAGCUUUACCUUCUGGUCAGACUUCUAUGCUCUCUACAGGCUCCUCGGGCAUCACUAUUUUGCCGUCAGUGCCUCUAGCGCCCCCAAGAACGAUGACCACAACAGCGCUUCUUUCCGGCUCAAUGGUAGUGACGACAAUCGUUCUUACAGGUGGACCUACUGCUGGCUUUCCGGUCCCAUUAUCCUCUUCUACAAGUUCAACAAGUGUUGCACAAUCUCAAACGUCUACGACCCCAGCGACCACCAAUCCUGCUCCCAUCAAUGAACCACAGCGGCCAUGGCCAUCUCCGGUCUUGCCGAGCAGUUCCAUGAUGCCUAUUUCUGGGUCUUCCACGAUUGUAUCUACACUCUUUUUGCCAAGUUCACAAGGCUUAGGUUCGACGAUUCUGGGUCCAACAGAGACACCAACAUCCAACAGUGUACCGCCUGGACUUAUUUCUUCACCUGCAUCUACAACUUUGAGUGCCACGCCAGGAGUACCAAAUAAUCCGCCUACGACUGAGCACACAACUUCGACUGUGUUGGUCAUCUUGACAACCGUUGUAUCGGAUGGAUUGACUACAAUCUUGACCAGUACUUCGACUACCGUUCUUGGUGACAUAUCUCCGACAAUUUCAUCUCCUACAGUUGUACUAAUAACUUCCACUUCUACAACGAUGAUUACGAGUACUCUUCCCGAUGGCGCAACGACAGUUUUGACGAGCUUGUCAACCGCCACCAGAGAGCAACCAUCACCAUCUAUUCCUCCGUCACCUACGGUUCCUAUGAUAUCUAGUCCGAGUAUACCGCCGAUUAUCACGUUCCCUAGAGGCACUACCUUUUUAUCUACCGCUGUAUCGUCGGCCAAUCCUAACCAACCUCCACCAGCAGGUAGCCCUACACUCAUAACGGCAACCACCGGAGCCAUCACGACGCUGACCACAACCCAGUCUGGAGGUUACACUACGGUUAUCACCACAAGACCGAUCGUAUCUGUUGUUCUACCACCGACUUUCAGGAGUUCCCUGAGCUCUACAGCUGCAUUAGUGUCAGAUGUUCUUACAACAGUCACCAGUACUGCCUCAAACGGACGGCCAACAACUGCCAUUUUGACAGUCAUCACUACCGUCAGCCAAGCCUCCUCAGCACAGCUCUCUUCAUUGCCUCCAGGCUCUCUGACCUUGACAUCGAAUACAGCACAGAUGUCGGCAAGCGGAGAGUUCACGCUGUCAUUGCCAAAUCCGUCGAGUGGCUCUCGAGUCCCAACUCCUCCAGACGCAACUUCACUGUUCACCAUUACGACAACGCAAACCUCAUCGGGACUGACGACGACCGUCACUAUUGUUUCGUCUACAGUGGUUGAUAGAUCUGGUUCUUCGUCAGGACCGCCUCCCAUGACGACCGUUUCGAGCUUGUUGAUAAUACCAAGUUUUACGCGGGAAUCAUCCUCUAAUACUUUGAAUAAUUCUGGAGGUGCAAUUGGUUCUAGUAUAUCUUCAGGGUCAAUCAGAUCAUUGACAACCUCGGGAGUGAUGACGACCUCUCCGGGAUCAGUCAUGUUGUCAACGACACCGUCUCCUACCUUGCCCCUUACGUCGAUGAGGACUUCUUCAAUUUCCACAUCUUCCCCGCUUGAUAGCGUGGCGUCCAACACUAUUUCGUCUUCUUUCAGUUCCAGUACAGUCGAUACGAUUCCGGACAUCCCCAGUAGCAAUUCCAGCUUCUUGGCUUCCUCAACCGCAACAGCACGAGGGCCAGUGUCAACCACCACUGUUACGACUAGUUUGAUGCCUUCGUAUGCGAAUACGUCUUCGAUGAUUACGACUCCUAGCUUCAUUACUGGGGUACCACCCAUUUCGACAACCUCAACUCGAUUCAACACAACGUCGAGCAGCAUAUCGUCAUCUAGCCCUUCUAGCUCGUUUAGCACCCCGAGUGGCUCUAGUUCCACUGUCAGUGAAUCUGGAUUGUCAUCUCGCAUUCCGCAGGUUUCGUCUUCUGCGAGCAGUACAAUCUCAGUUACAGGCUUCAUGAGUAUUCAGACCGAGACAACGGCGACGAGAUCUCCGUGGUCAUCUUGGAUCAGUUCGUCGGGAAGCCUAUUCAACACGCCAAUAGACUCUAGCGGUUCGGCAUUAGUCAGUUCAUCGUCACAGAGUUCAGCUGAGACAAUGUCUAUGAGCACAGUUUCGUCCUCGAUAAUGCUAUCUUCUUUUAGUAGGAAUUCAGCUGCUACCUCUUCCAUGUCUUUGGUAUCAUCAUCAUCGUCAUCAUCGAGCAGCAUGACAACACGUUCAGCUCCCAGCUUGCCGAUCUCAUCAUCAGUAGGGAGCAGCAUUCAAUCUUCUAUCGCGGCGACAUCUGCAUCAAGUCCUUUGAUGUCCUCUGGUGGAUCAACGUCUCUACCUGUUGCAUCGUCUUUUACCUCUGUAUCAAAUCUUUCAACUACACCUGCAACUGUGAGCGGUUCAAGCUCUGUCCCCACUUCUUCCUUGCCUCCGGGUGGGAGUGCUACUCCAUCCGCGAGCUCUACACCAUCUUUGGUCGCUGUACCUGGUGGAAGUGAUUCAAGCGCCUUGCCAUUUUCUACUGGUGCAUCAGCAUCAUCCAUCCAAUCGACAGAGAGUCUACGGUCAAUUUCUACACCUUCCCCAGCUGGGUCUAUCUCGUCACCGAGUGUUCUGAGUACUGGAGUGUCUGGUCCAAGUCCUCCGCUUUCAUCAUUGGCAAAGUCUACGCAAGCUCCAUCCGAUCUCGGUUCGAUCUCCGGGCCGGAGCCAAGUGAAAGCCUAUCCUUUGGGGUUCGCGAUCAAACUACAAAGGUCAUCUCCUAUGGCGAUACGGCCAUCAGCUUCAUCUUCCCCUCGCCGGACAUCACGACCACGGUAUCUUAUUGGACUGGUGGGUACCCCACUGUGACAGGACCGUUGCCCUCAGAUCUACAGACAAUUCCCCUUACUACCCGGUCCAUUCGACAGACACCUUUGUCGGCCCUGCCAUCGUUUGCGAUGUUCACCUCGAAGCGAAGGAGCUUCAAGACUGUAGUGACCACCAUUGACGAUGACGAACCAGAAGAAGACAUGGAGAAGCGCCAGGACAUUCCGAGCAUGACAGAAGUACCUGCAGCCACCACGGCGGUGGCGACCAUCCCCGCAGACCCCGAGCCAACCUUGUGCGGAGAGUCUGGGAAUUUCACGCUCACGUUCGAUGAUACAGUGGUUGGCGAGGCGGACAGUGUACUGCUGGUAGCAAACGGGAUGAAGAACCCUUACCACCACCUGUUCUAUGCCAAUGGCUUCACCUAUGUACCCGACAAGUGGGAACCCUUUCCCGCCAUUUCACAGCCAAACGUAGCCAUGUUUCUACCCCUGACAGGCCGACUUCUCUACAACACGCCGUUUGCAGGCACACUUUUGCCCGGGGAGAUUGGCGCCGGACCCCGAGCGUCGGUGAAUGCGUACUGGUUCAACGCAUACUCUGGAUACUUUGGCUGCGCGUUGAAUGGCCUCACACCAUGCACGCUUCGUAUCUCGGGAUACCGGUACGACGCGGUUGCCAAGGAGGAGGUGCUUGUGGUGGAGCAGAAUGUGACGAUUCCGCCAUGUUGGGGCUAUAUUCAGUGUCGGCUGACGCAGGUCUACUUCAACGACCAGUUCCGGGCGCUGUCUGGGAUUCAGUUUAAUGCGUAUACGUAUAAUCUUGGGAUUCCGCAGGUGCACAUGAUGGAUGAUUUGCAGAUGGAGUGGUAUAAUAGCACAUGCUCGGCAGGUAUCUUGCGGAUCGGACAUAUUUAG